CAGAAGUCGACCGAGCUGCUGAUCCGCAAGCUGCCCUUCCAGCGGCUGGUGCGUGAGAUCGCCCAGGACUUCAAGACCGAUCUGCGCUUCCAGAGCUCGGCCGUGAUGGCGCUGCAGGAGGCCAGCGAGGCGUACUUGGUCGGUCUGUUCGAGGACACGAAUCUGUGCGCGAUUCACGCCGAGCGUGUUACCAUCAUGCCAAAGGACAUCCAGCUGGCGCGUCGUAUCCGUGGCGAGCGUGCUUAA